AGUAGAGACCACACUUGACCACAUCCACUUGCAAACCACCCGAAUUCUCUUUUCCUGACAACAUGUGUUGCAACUACGGGAACUCCUGUGGCUAUGGCUGCGGAUGCGGCUAUGGCUGUGGCUAUGGCUCAGGUUAUGGCUGUGGCUAUGGCUCAGGGUAUGGCUGUGGCUGUGGCUAUGGCUAUGGCUCAGGGUGGGGCUGUGGAAGAGGCUCCAGCUAUGGAUGUGGAUAUGGCUCUGGCUGCUGGGGCUACCGGCCCCUUUGCUACAGAAGAUGUUAUUCUUCUUGCUGCUAGAUCACCACUCUCCAAGCACCACUAGCUUCUGAAAUGACACAUCUAAAGAGACAAUUGAUUCAAGGAUCCAUACCCCAGGAUUUCUAUGUCCAGGAAACUGCAUGCUUGACAGAGUCUUUGAGCCCCAGUGAACACUUGUUAGGAUGGCUUCGUGUGUCUGGAGGCUGUGUGGCAUCAUCUGACUAUUUCCCAAAAGUUGGUUUUUACUCUCUUAAUCUGGAUUCUGUGUUGUGACUGUGCCAGCAAUCUUAACAUCCUACAGUUGGGCAAAAAACUUAUUCUCAAUAAAAAUGUUUCCUUGUUUCUAACAAA